AUGGAAGGAGAUUGCUGGGACCUGGCGAAGAUACUUAAUACUUUGUGGGACACAGGUGAAGUUCCAGAUGACGGGACAAUAGCUAAUGUGGUUCCUUUGUUCAAGAAGGACAGCACAGGCAAGCAAGUUGAUGCUGGACACAGAGCAGUGAUAUUUGAUCGAUUUCGUGGUGUUCAAGAUGCUGUUAGCGGAGAAGGCACACACUUCCUAAUUCCAUGGGUACAGAGACCAAUCAUCUUUGACUGCCGAUCACGACCACGAAAUGUUCCAGUCAUUACAGGUAGCAAAGAUCUACAGAAUGUAAACAUCACUCUGCGUAUCCUAUUCAGACCAGUGACAGACCAACUACCUAGGAUUUACACCACCAUUGGUGAAGAUUACGAUGAGAGAGUACUGCCAUCUAUCACAACAGAAAUCCUGAAGUCUGUCGUUGCCCGAUUUGAUGCUGGUGAACUGAUCACACAGAGAGAGCUCGUGUCCAGACAGGUUAGUGAGGAUCUGACUGAGAGAGCUUCCACUUUUGGACUUAUCCUGGAUGAUGUGUCGCUGACACAUUUGACCUUUGGCAAAGAGUUCACGGAAGCUGUAGAGCUCAAGCAAGUUGCACAACAGGAAGCUGAGCGGGCCAGAUUUAUUGUCGAAAAGGCUGAGCAACAGAAAAAGGCAGCAGUGAUUUCUGCCGAAGGAGACUCCAAAGCUGCAGAACUGAUAGCUAACUCUUUAUCAAAAGUUGGCGACGGCUUGAUUGAACUAAGGCGGCUUGAAGCAGCAGAAGACAUUGCCUUCCAACUCUCAAGAUCCCGCAAUGUAACCUAUUUACCUUCUGGGCAAUCAACACUACUCCAGCUACCCCCACAUUAACAGAGAACUUUGUCAUAUUGUAUUGUGUCCAAGAUGGCUAAAUCUUUUUCUAUAUACUUAAUGUCCAUUCUCUCAAUAUAACCUUGCGUACAGAAAAUUCCAUUGACAGAUGAGGAUUAGAAAGAAUGAUGAUAAGAAAUAUUGAUCAAUAAUUGGUUCUAAAUUUGAUUUUUCUUUCCAUUGUCUUUACUGUGUGCUGCAUUUGGCUUUUUGCCAAUUGUGAAUGAUGUCGUUUACACUGUCGUCUGCAGUAAUUCUCUUUGAUAAAAAUAGAAUUUGUUGGCUGGCAAAAGGCCACAAAAAGCAGAGGAUGACAAAAUUAAUUUUUUAAAUAAAUAAAUUACUGAAAGCUUCUGCAUUUCAUCUGAAUGUGGAGCAGAUUGUUACUCAAACUCUGCAAUUUACAGUAUGUAGUAAAAGGACAUGCAUUUUGUGAUUAAAGCAUAAUGUAGUACUGGAGAUUUGGGAUUAAAAUCAGUGGAAGUGUGACUAAUGACUGCUGUUUCAAUACAAAACUGCAGAAUGCUCCAGAACCUUUAUUAUGUUUCAGUAUCCAUUCUGUACUUUGCAUAGUCAGUGUGUAAAGGUAUCUUUAAUGAUUUGUAAUGGAUACACAAGAAAUUUAAUUUCUUUUUAACUCAAAAUAAAUGCACUGGUACCACUGA